CCUUCGCUGCCCGAUUUUGUCCACCUCCAUCUGCCGGCCAGCCAGCCCGUCUGCUGCCCUUCCCCAUCCCUGCUCCCCCCCCCUCGCUGCGUCCGCCAUGUUCCUGGUCAACUGGUUCUUCGAUCUCCUUAGCAGUCUCGGACUGGCAAACAAGAACGCAAAGAUCCUCUUCUUGGGCUUGGACAAUGCCGGCAAGACGACACUGCUGCACAUGCUCAAGAGCGGCCGUCUCGCCCAACUGAACCCCACCCUCCACCCCACCUCUGAGGACCUUGCCAUUGGAAACAUUAAAUUCACCACCUACGAUCUCGGUGGUCACAAGCAGGCUCGUCGUCUCUGGAAAGACUACUUCCCUGAGGUCGACGGCAUCGUCUACUUGGUCGAUGUUGCUGAUCAUGAACGUCUUUCUGAGUCCAAGGCCGAGCUGGAUUCCCUUCUGGCUAUCGAGGAGCUGCAGAAGACCCCUUUCUUGGUUCUCGGAAACAAGAUCGAUGCUCCUGGCGCCAUCUCGGAGGACCAGCUCCGCAUGUCGCUUGGCCUCUUCCAGACCACCGGAAAGGGCAAGGUCCCUCUGAAGGAUAUCCGUCCCAUUGAAGUUUUCAUGUGCUCCGUCAAGCUCAAGCAGGGCUACGGCGAGGGUAUCCGCUGGCUGUCUCAGUACAUGAACUAAACCCUGGGCUCUCGGAUGAUCUGGAAGACGGAAUGGGGACUCGGGACAGCCGUGCGAUCGGUCGCCAAGGAGUGCGCUGCAUCGCUCCAUGCCCUCGCCCACCCCUGUCCAGGCUCGGCGCUGUUCCUUCUCCCCUUCUCCCCAACCUUCCUCAGCCAUCCAUCGUUCUCAUUUGUUGCAGCGCGUCCGCUAGUAGUUGAUCAGGAG